AUGGCUGACACUCUACGUAAAAAGCUGGUAUGCCAGAUUGUUGAUGACACGGCAUACGAAAACCCGGAGAAGCUAUUCUGCAUCCAUCCCAUCUUCACGGAGACUUCAAAAGAAUGGCGCAGGGUCACUAUGGGAGAUUUGGCUGACGCAGUGAACUACACUGCCCAGUGGAUUGAGAAGACUAUCGGUCUCAGCUCCCAGUGUAAAUCAUUUGUCUAUCUGGGUGCCAAUGAUAUCCGCUAUGCUACUAUUACACUUGCCUGUAUCAAAACUCGGCACUCGGUACUUUUGAUCUCACCUCGGAAUUCAGAGGCAGGAUCCCUUCACAUAUUGAACGAAACAAAGACUUCCAAGAUCAUCUAUAGUCCUGAGCAACGCAAAGUUGUUGAAGCACUGCUGAAUGCUGAUAGACUUUUGCAAUCAUCGGAGUUCCCUGCUCUUUGGGAGACUUUUGGCAAGAAGGUUGAUCAAUAUCCUUGUGCUGCCCUGUACGCGGAUCUCGAGAAUGAGGUGCCGAUCAUUAUCCAUAGCUCUGGCACAACUGGAUUCCCUAAGCCUGUACCAUUCACAAAUGGUUACUUAUCCGCCUUCGACAAUACUACUAAGCUACCUGUCCCUCCCGGAAGACGAGGUUCAAUGAUGCAUAUGCAGAAACCAGGAGCACUCCAACUUGUGUGUGCUCCUUUCUUCCAUUUGAUGGGCUAUGCAGCUAUUUUGGAGAGCAUUUGCCAUGGCAUUCCCUUUGUUUUGAGUCCAGAGAAACCAAUGACAGUGGAACUACUCGCUAAGAUCUACGAUGAAACCAACCCCGACCUUGUUUGGCUGCCACCUUCCAUCAUUGAAAGCAUUGGAGUCUCUACGGUCGGUCUUGAUCUACUCAAGCGUUUCGAGAUCAUCUUCUUCGCCGGUGCACCUUUGUCGCCUGUGAUUGGCGAUAAGCUUUGUGCAGAUGGCAUCCGUCUACAGAGCUUGAUCGGCUCAAGUGAAGCUUCAAUCUAUUCUAACCUGGCACCCAAGGAUCCAAAAGACUGGGAGUGGCUUGAAUGGAACCCUUCUAAUCCGUUAUUCCACAUGCAAUAUUCCGCAGACAAUUUAUAUGAGCUGGUGUUACAGAGAAGUGAGACCCGUGACUUUGCUGCCAUCUUCCACACCUAUCCUGAAAUUUCAGAAUACCGUACAAAAGACUUAUUCGUGCCACACCCUACCAAACCUAACCUAUGGCGAUACAAAGGCCGUCUUGACGAUGUGAUUGUGCUCAGUAAUGGCGAGAAGUUCAAUCCAAUCGAAAUGGAAAAGGUCAUUGAGGGACAUCCGCUCGUGGCAAGUGCGCUUGUUGUGGGACAAGGAAGGUUUCAGUCAGCAUUGGUAAUUGAACCGAACUGGGAGGAUUUGCCAGAGGACUUCUCUGAAGGGCUGCUCAUUGAGAAAACUUGGCCUAUCGUUGAGAAGGCGAACAAAAUCGCACCAGCACAUGCUCGAGUGCUUAAGACCAAGAUCGGCAUAGCCUCUAAGAGCAAGCCAUUCCAGAAAACUCCUAAAGGGUCGGUUCAACACCGACUUACCAUGAGCGACUACGCAGAGGAGAUUGACGCGAUUUACGAACGCUCAGACGAGGAGCAUAUUGUCAUAAUUCCUCAAGAUUCUACUCUGCAGGAGGUCAAAAAAAUCAUUCAAGAUAUACUUUCCCAACAAUUGGAGAUUGAACUCGUGUCGGAAACAAGUGAUAUCUUCGCAUUAGGCUUGGACUCACUUCAGACACUUCGACUUUCAAAGAUCCUGCAAGGUGCCAUCUCUUCCUAUCGACCAACUGAUAGCACCGUCAUCAACCCCCAGAAAUUGUACUCUCAUCCCACAGUUGCUCAGCUCUCAGGAUUUAUCUACAACCUCAUCAACGGCAUAGAUGCGGUUGUGGAGGCUGGCAAGGACCAAGUGCAAAGUCGACAUGAAAGAAUUGAUGCUCUCAUCAAGAAAUACACCAAAAACUUGCCAAUAAAACAGGUCCACUCCUUCAACCGAGAGUCUAGAUAUGCGGUUGUACUCACUGGCUCGACUGGCUCUCUGGGUAAUUACAUUCUGAGUGAACUUAUCAAGGACCCUCAAGUCAGCAAAAUCUACUGUUUGAACCGUUCCGAAGAUGCCGGUCAAAGACAGAUUCUCAGCUUAGAGGAGAAGGGCAUUGUCAUCCCGAGCGAUUUCUCCUCGCGUGUGGAGUUUCUGCAGGCUAGCUUCGGCGCGGAAAAAUUUGGCCUUCCUAUGUCUAAAUAUGAAGAACUCACAAAGACGGUGGACACGGUAAUCCACAAUGCCUGGAAGGUCAACUUCAACCACAACGUCGCGGCGUUCGAGCAUCCCCAUAUCGAGGGUAUGCGACGAUUUAUAGAUUUCAGCCUAGAGAGCACACACAGUGCACACAUACACUUCAUUUCAUCCAUCUCCACUAUUGGUGGCUGGACCAAGGAGCACGGCCCCUCUGUGCCAGAGAUCCCACUGGAAGACCCCGAUGUUGCAUUGGUACAAGGUUAUGGAGAGUCAAAGUUUGUAUCCGAGCGAAUUUGCGCAAUCUCUUCAGCUCGCUCUGGUGUACCUACUAGCUUCCACCGUGUAGGGCAGAUUGCUGGUCCGACUACGGAGAAAGGUGUCUGGAACAGACAGGAAUGGGUGCCUGCGAUAAUAGCCACAUCCAAAACCAUUAAGAAGGUUCCGACAGCGAUUGGUGACUGGGAUGUGGACUGGAUCCCCGUGGACUCGCUUGCCAAGAUCGUAGUAGAAAUAACGCGCUCCCGUCGCGAAACGGAAAACAACGACCGAACGGCAGCCUUCAACCUCGUCAACCCCUUCGGCACGUCAUGGAAGUCUCUAAUCCCACCUAUCGAGGACCGAUACUCGGUUGAGCCGAUCAUAUUUAGCGACUGGAUUGCCGCCCUUUCGGCAUUCGCUAACCCAACUGAGGCCGACUUCAAUGACAAGCCGGCGCUCAAGAUUCUGGACUUUUACCGCAGUCUCAAUGGUGAGCAUGGUAAGAGCAGUAUGGCUGCACCUGUGCAGACUACCCACGCCCAAGGCGCUAGUGAGACGAUGCGCACCCUCGGCCCAGUCAAUGCAGCGCUGAUGGAGACCUGGUUGAGACAAUGGAACUUCUGA